UUGAGCGUGAUUACUCAUCGGCAGAACUUAGGUUCUAUGUCAUGUUGCAGCACUGGGUAAGGAGACCCUCCCCUCCUCCCUCUUGGCCGGCCCUCAUUAAAGCAGUAAAGGGCCCCGUUAUCAAACGAGCAGACAUUGCAGCACACAUGAUAGAGAAACAUCAGGAUGUGCUGGGCAUAUCUGGAGAUGAUGAAUUAUCUAUUCCCUCUCUGGUUUAUCAAAAUAUAUUUGUUCUAAAAGAGCCACUCGGUAUGGACCAGCACUUGAAGGUGGUGAGAGAGGCCACCUGGGAAGCAAGAGCCGAAUGGCGGUGUCUGGGAGAACAGUUGGGAGUAACCAUGGGGAAAUUAGAGGCGAUUCAGCAUAACCAUCAUCAUGUAAGUGGAGCGUGUUUAACUGCCAUGCUUGAGCACUGGUUGACCCAGACCGACCCUCCCCCCUCCUGGUCCGCUCUCAUUGAGGCUCUCAGAUCCCCUACUCUUGGUCUGUGGGACAUUGCCAAUGAGAUUGAGACUUACAAUAGACAAGUGCAUGAAUACAUGCAUUGUCGACAGAGUUAUUAAUUAUUUUCGAUGUCAUUUUCUCCGACUCUAUUAGAACAUAUAUAUACUGUACGUGUUAUUUUUUUGGUUUGUAUUCUUGUUUGUUAGAAAAUACAGUAUAACUAUAAUUAUAUGUAUAUAGCUAUAGCUAUACAUAAUUAUUAUAUUAAA